CAGUAAAUAGGCAUGUCUGAGUUUGGAUAGCUGGUUUGACAACGCUGAGAUGAGAUUAAACAUUUCUGUCUGUCUGCGUUAGUACAAAGUUACAAUAGUUCAUCGAAUCGCUGAGCGUUCAAUAUAGAAUAAAUUUAUGGUUAUCGAACAAGUCCAAAUAAAGUAGCUCGGUGCCAUCGAUAUACUUAUGUACAUACAUUGGUCUUAAGAAUUUUACAGAUUAAUUAACCACCUCCGAUCUUUUUUGUGUCUGGCAAAUGUUUGCCGUUUUAUUUUUGCUAAGAGGAAGUUUCUACUCCGACGCUUCUAAUUUGUACAAAGCUAAAGGGCUAAUUACAUGGAAUAAGGUCUAAAUAAUUUAUCUUCAAAGCUUAAGUGCUAAUUACUCGAAUACAUUUGCCUACACUUAAAAACUACUUGCUUUAGUAUGUCUCAAUGCUUAAAAUAUGAUUGCUGCAUAUAAUUGCAAAGUAACCGAAUUGAAUCCUUUUUUUUUUAAGAAAUUCAAGGUCUAAUCGAAGGCGGAAACAACAACCUUUGGUGGAGUAAAACCCGGAGUCAUUCCGAUACGGAGACCCGGCUUCACGUACGUUGAAUACUGCUUGAUAUUGGCGUACGACAAUGGAAUUUAUGGUCUGUGUUCAAAAUAAACGGCACUACCGACGGAUGUUACUUCCCUUCCGCUCGCAUGCAUACAACCGCAAUUGUUAAAAAAAAAGUGGAUAGCAUGUAACAAAGUCCUCGAAUAACUCUCGAUAGUACUUGGCGCAAAGACAAAAUGCAUGUUUUUGGCAACAUACAUAAAUAUAAGGCAAUCGACCGUCCGUUUCUAAACUAUACUGCGCUUGUUUAGUAACCGGUGAUUACACCGGCUACUGACAUCGAUGAACAUCACCUACAUACAUACAUAAUGAGGCCUCUAUGCUCCACGUCAAGGAACGCAUUGUAAUUUUAUGCGCAGAAAACAGUUCCUGUUUCUGGAAGCGGAAAUCACAGACGAGAUCCGGACAUACAUAUAUACCCGUACAUCACACAACUCCUAGACCGGACGUUGAGCGGACCUCCACAUAUACAACACAUGUCCGGGGGGAACGGCUCCCCACACGUCACCAAACACCUUUCACUUCACUAGAGAAGAGAGAGAAGUAUAGGGGUCGCAUUGAGAAGAGGAAGUAGAAGAUACAGUGAGAAACAGAGAGAGAGAGAUAAAGUGAGAUAUAAUGGUAUUGAGGAGAGUGAAGAAGCCAGAAGAAAAAGAAGAGAAAGAGAGAGAAGAAGGAUGAGGAGAGAGAGAAGAAGAGUGAGGGGAGAGAAGAGAAAAGAGAUGCGAGGAAAAUGGAGAAGACAGGGAAAUAAACAUCGAGGCGAGAGAACAAGAGUGGAGUGAGAAGAGGACAGUAUAGAAAAAAGAGGACAGAGAAGAGAAUAAAAGAAGUGAGGAGAUAGAAGGCGGUCGUGAGGGAACGUAGAGAAGAAGGAGAAAAGGAAGAGAAUUGAACUUUUCUUCGAUAGCCCGCAGUCCAAAAUCCUAAACUGAACGUUUCUUUAUCUGUGAACAACUCAGUGAGAGGGCAGGACCAGGAUGAAUUUAUUUACAUCUUCUUUGAAUUUGCCCUGUUUCUUGAAGAUAUGUAUUUUAAACGGGAUACAGAGUCCCAGGGUCGGUACUUUGCUCUCACGCACGAAUUACCUAAUCAAUACGCAACGCGGCUCUGAGUCCUAUCGUAUUAGGAGCGCUUCUUUUUACCAGCAUAUCAACAAAAAAAUCGAAGAACUUGAUGAAAAACAAAAAAAUGGCGAAACUACUGAGUAUAUGGCAAAUGGUGACGAAGGCAAAUCAGCGCUGAAUGGUGAUCCUGCGCUGAUAGAAUCCCUACAAGUGGAAGACAAUGCGCCCACUCAUGAACUUCUUUAUGAGGGUAGUUUGGAGCAGGAGCGGGAAUCCGCCUUUCAACUCACCAAUAUGGGUUGCUAUAUUUGUCAGAUGAAUUUUGGCUCACCUACUAGCUUUGAAGAGCAUGUGGAAGAACAUGGCGAUGAAUCAGAUUUUAAGUUGCUCAAGGACUAUUUUAAAAGUGUUCGGCCAGUAUUUGAACUCUCCUAUAAUGUUUGCAAAAACUCGCAUUAUUUUCGUUUUAAUUUGGUCUCGAUAAGACGGAAUAUUGUCAUUGAGAAGUUGGUGAUUGUGCAAACGCGUACCUUCUAUUAUGUGCACAAUACACGUGUGCCAUAUGCGUUGGGUGCAGAUCGCAAAGAUCAUUUUUUCGUCGAUUGUCAUCUCUUUCGCAAAGGUGUUGUGCAGCCGAUUGUUGUGGUAUUCCAUGAUAAGUUCAACAAGCAGAAGCGUUAUGUGGAGCAGCAUCAUUUUUGUCGCGUCGAAGAGUUCCCUGUGGUCAAGUUAAGCAUCAAUCCAUGCCGUUUACCAAAUAAAAUUAAAUUUAAACCAAUGUUUAAACUUCCCCAGUAUAUGCCGCCAGUUGAAAUUCGUCGCGCUCUUCAAACGGAUUUCAUUGAAGAACCACUUUCACAACUUUCCAAUGAUUUUAGACAAUAUUUAGAUAAUAAAAAAACCUUGACCCAACAAAAUGUACGCGAUGUAUUGUUGAAGCUUUUACAAAUCGAAGAUUGGGAUACAAUGCGGGAAUACUCGAGCUUGGUGCAACGUAAUGUUAAGUUGCGUAAAUACGAAAACGAUUAUAUUGUUAAGCCAAAGACACCGAAGCAUAUCCGCUUCGAGAAUAUAGUUUUUCCCUAUGACGAUGUAAUUGUGCUACCCACCGAUGAGGGCAAUACUAUACCAAACACAUUGGACGGCUUAAUGAACAGAAUGGAACAAUUGGCUGAGGAACCUGGUAGUCAAAAUCAGUCGGAAAAGAAAAAAACAAAAAGCUACCUCGGCCAAAUUGAAUGCAUUUCAUACGGGCGAGUAACGUUCAAAUGCGACAAAAAAAUACCAGAUGACAAAACAUAUACAAUACUCUUUCGACCAUCGCGUAUGGUGUUGCGCUAUCAAUAUCGCGCCUUAGAACAGUUGGUAGCUAUGCCGGCGGACAUACUAAAAAAAUUUCUCUUCCCCGAGCAAGUUAGGAUUCGGGAAUUGCCAGCAUUGUGGUUGAAUCUGCGUAACAAAAGUAUCUACAAGAAUCCAGAACAAUUGCAGGCCAUACAGUGUGUGGUGAAUAAUAGUGUAGAGAAAAUGGCGCCUUACAUUAUAUUCGGACCUCCAGGUACCGGCAAGACAACAACGUUGGUUGAAGCCAUUUUGCAAAUCUACAUACUCCAGCCACAGUCACGCAUACUUAUUACAGCGGGCUCAAAUGGCGCAUGCGAUGAAAUUGCGUUACGUCUCUGCAAUGUGCUGGCGCCAAUGAAUGAAACACAAACGAUAACACGCAUCUAUUCGCGCGCAUAUGAGCAACGUUCGGAAAACAUCAACGAAUUGCUGUUGGAAUACUCCAAUUUGUAUGCGGAUCAUUUUUUGCCUGAUGUGAAAGUGUUGCACGCAUAUCGUAUUGUUGUAUGUACGCUAAGCAUUGUGGGGCGCUUGGCCACGGGCAAAUUUGGCAAAGAAAUCGAUGGUAGUGGUGUGUUUACGCAUGUUUUCGUUGAUGAGGUGGCCGCUUCUACAGAAACCGAAACUUUGGUGGGCAUUAUGGCAACACUUAGUGCGCCAGCAAGUUUGGUAAUCUCUGGCGAUCAUCGUCAAUUGGGUCCAUUAUUGAAUUCCAAACGUGCUGCAGAUCUGGGUUUGGAGGUGUCAUUGAUGGAGCGCCUACUCGAACGUGAUUGCUAUCGCGUCGAUUUGGAUGGCAACUAUAAUCGACAAAUACAAACACGUUUAUGUCGCAAUUUCCGUUCACAUCCGGAAAUAGUUAAUUUGUAUAGUGAAAUGUACUAUGAAGGACGAUUGAAGGCGGAGGCCGAGCCAGCCGUUCAGCAGCUAUGCCGCGACUGGCAUCGAUCUCCCAACGCUGAAUAUCCGAUUAUUUUUCAUUCUAUUUUUGGUCCCGAACAACGUGAAAAUAAUUCCACAAGUCUAUAUAAUCUGCUCGAGAUUACCACCGUGAUGGACUAUGUGCGCGAUCUACUGUAUUUCGGCAUUAAGGGCCACAAGAUCACACAGAGUGACAUUGGUAUUAUAACACCAUAUAAGAAACAGUAUAUGCGCAUUCAGGACGAAUUAAAUCUACGCAAUUGGUAUCAAGUCGAAACGGGCGCAGUUGAAUCCUUUCAAGGCAAAGAGAAAAACGUUAUAAUUGUAUCUUUCGUACGUUCGUUCUCCAAGACACUGGGUUUCCUGGAUAGUCCAAGACGUUUAAAUGUAACGCUCUCUCGUGCUCGUUCAAUUCUCAUACUAAUCGGAAAUCCGAGAACUUUGAGUCAAAAUGAAGACUUCAAGCAUAUUAUUGAGCAGUGUCAACUGCAUAACACCUUGGUUGGUGCCUCCUACCAUGAAGAUGGCCCUUCAGUGCAGAAGGACAAAUCCAACAACGGGCAAAUGCAGCAGCUAGCAAUAUCCAUGGAAAAGUUGAAUGUUAACAAGAAGAAUAUUGCUGAUGAUGACAGCAAAAAUGGUGCCAAAUCUAAGGCAAGAAAUAAAAAGAAAAGGCAGAAGAAGGCCAAGAAGAAUGCUAUCGGUGACGCACAAGCGAAUGAGAGGGCAUCCGAUGCUGCCAAUGAAGCUCUGAAGAGUAAGAAUAGCAGUGCAUUCAAAACUGCAAAGCCUGCAUCCGCUGAAAAACAACGCCAAACAUUUACUCUUUACAAAGACCUUUAUUUAUCUAACGAGCGUUGUGUGCGUGAAUCCGCCACCACUGGCACUAUAAGCAACAAUAGCAAUGCCCAAAAUAAUAAAUCAGAAAUUGAAGACCUCUUCCCAGGACUACCACGUGUACCGCAACAACACGAUUUUGAAAUAAUCAACUUGCCCCCUCAGCCCAACACUGUUGAUGAGGACUUAGAUCAAAUUAUAAAACGGUUGAAUUUACUGAAAAGAAAAUCGAAGCCGUCCAAGCAAACAUUUGUGCCAGCAACAGCAGACAUGACCGCAAAAGGCGCAAAUGUAAUGAACCCAGCAAGAAGCCAGACGACUACAGCGGCAGCAGCAGGAUAUACUAACAGUAACGUAGAGCGGCGUUAUACUUUAUCGAAUUUGCAUAGCAUCAAUGAAAGGGCUACAAAUGUUACGGCCACUCAGAGGCCAGAAAAUUAUAGUGUCACGCCUACGAUUAGAACUGAUGGAAUUCCUACUAUGAAUUCAUCCGGUGCUCAGACACUACACAUCGACGCCAGAGUAUCUACUGUCGCUUCGCCUACGCCUACUGCAAAUGCUGGUGUUACGCCGGCUCGGUGUCAGCCUGUAUACGCAAACGGUCCCAUAACAUUCAGGGAGGAUCUUAGGCGUUCCGGUACUACAAGUAAUACUGCCACUGCUAGUGAACGUGCACCUGCCUCUUCUGCUCCUUCGACUCCGUUAAGGUCACAAGCCAACGCCAGAGUAUUUGUUGGACAUGCAGAAUAUCCAACGUCUCCGAGAUACGUACAAACUCGCACAGAGCCGCCAAAGUCUUCGAAGAAGAGCUGCGUAAUUGCUUAGCAAAUGGAACUUCCAAAUAGCAUUUAUUUUUCAUUUCAUUGUUAUUAUUAUUUCAAUUAUGCAAAGUUUUUAGGCAAAUGCGAUUGUUGCAUUUUGCUUUGAACUUUGCUCGUAGUUUUGUAGUUUCGAUGACUCGUAAACGGCGAAAGGGGAAAAAUGUUUUAGGGAAUAGCGAGAAUAGCCAGAAUUGAGCUUCAUGUUCAUGUAUGUGGACGUGUUAUCUUUCUUGCUAAUCGUAUGUAAGUUGUUCCCGAAUUUUAACUUUUUUCUUUUUCCUUUAACUUGCCGUCUUUUCUGAGGAAUUGAUUCUACAAAAAUAACUCAUUACCGCGUAAAAUUUUACGCCAUAUAAGCUUGUGAACUGUGAUAUUCACAAGCUAAUAGCUAUAAGUUUGGGGCAGUGGGAUUUUUAUUUUUUGCUGCCUUUCGUUGGAUCCCGAGAAGUUAUAAUAAUUUGGGUCUGCUCGUGAAGCCUUCGGGAUAAUUUGAAUAUUUACUUUAUUAAUUGUCAUUGAAUAAUAUUUUGUGUGGAAACCACCGAAACAAUGUCAGUCGAACCGUUAAAUUUAGAGAUGUCGAGAAAAGGGAAAUGUGUACACUGGUUUUGUGAUUGCAAGAUGUAUUUGAGGGUGUAAUAUCGUUUAUUUUCUUCCGAGUCUCAAGCGCCAAAUUUCACUGGCUCUUAAAUCAUUAGAGAGGGCUAAGCAUUAGCUGGUGGUCUGUUCGCAUGCAAAAGCAAACUAUGUGUUUUCCUUGUGAGAACUUUUUAUACUUGCUUAAAAAAUAACCAAUGCAAAUUUUUGAAGAGUUGCUAUUAAGUAUUUCAAGUAUUCAUACUCAGGGUACUUGAGAUAAUUUUUCUUUUGGCACUUUUUUUUUUGACACUGGAAGCCAGUCCUUCAAUGUUUUUUUUACAUUUUCGCACUGGCGUAAAUGCUAAUUUUGCUGAAAUAGUUCUCCAUUUGCCUAAAAUGUGUGGAAUCUUUCUCUAGUCUAAAGCUCUAUUGCUCUCAACGGCUAGAUAUUUGAGUUAACAGAUGUUUGGAAAGCAUACUUUCUUAAUAAAAUUGGUUUAAACCCUGGUUGUCUUAUUUUUUUUUGCUCUGACAUGCCUGAGAAUUAUGCCUUUUGGUUUUAUAGCCGUUCGAUUUACCACUUCUCUAAAAUGCAAAAGAAUCGAAUAUAUAACUGGUCUAAUAGGCGGCAUAAAAGGUGCGUCUGGCUCGCAAGUCAUUUGUGUACGUGUUGACUCGCCUUCGCCUACACACAGUUGAAUCAUUCUGUUUCAUGCCAAGAGUCAUGUCGGUGUAACUAACACAUUUAUUUUCACAAAUACAUCCAAACCGACUCGCAAGUCAGACACACUGUGUAUGCCGCCUAUAAUGGCUUAAGUGCGGUAAGGUAAUAUUAAAUAUGAGCUGAAACGUAAAAUAUGUUUUAAAUAAAACGGCGGUUCUUCGCCUCAUACAAAUUUUGCAAUCACAAAAUAUUCUCUCUUUAAUGCUGAAAAGGUAUUUGUAUUAUUCAUUUUGCCCAAAAUUCCUUUAAAAUGUUCGGGUUUUAACUGGUCUAAAUUAAACAACUUUUUUAAAAUUAAAGCAAUUUUUAAUGAUUACACUCGACUUAUAAUUUGUUUUAAACCUUAAUAAAACUUGUCUUAUUGCUCCUUUGAACUGGUCUAAUUUUUUUUUUAAGACGAUUCUGUUUUUUAGCAUAUGCUUUGUUUAAAUAAGAAAAAUAGGAGCCCAAAAAAAUAAUUUGUAAUUGGUAUAAUUUUUCAACUCAAUUUCCGGUUG